GAGGGCAGGCGGUGUGAGAGCAUCCUCCUCCUCCCCACCGCGUACCGGCGAGGUUCUACUUUACUGCAGCGCAGCGCGGCGCACCGGAGCGGGGCUGGAGGGACGCGAACAGGAGAGGAGAGUAGUAGUAGAAGAGGAGGAGGAGGAGGAAGAGGAAGGACGGACUGUCUCCGCUCCGACAGUCGGGAUUAUACUCUGCAGUAUCCUGUCACUUCAACAUGCCUCUGAGGAGUAAAAGACUCGCUGGGAUUACUGCGCUGAUCGCAUCGCUGCUGCUGCUGCUGCUGGGCUCCUGUGGGACAGGUGGAGAAGAGGUGUGUGACAGCCCGCUGGUGUCCAGUCUGCCACCUUCAUCCUUCAGAAGCUCUUCCCAGCUGUCCAGCAGUCAUGGGCCUGUCUUUGCUAAGGUCAACAGGAGAGAAGGGGCCGGUGGUUGGUCUCCUCUCGUCUCGGACAGAUACCAGUGGCUGGAGGUGGACCUUGGGAGACGGACCCGAAUCACUGCCGUUGCCACGCAGGGUCGCUACGGGAGCUCUGACUGGCUGACAGCCUACCUGCUGAUGUUUAGCGACACGGGACACAACUGGAGACAACACCGGCAGGAGGACAGCUUGGGGGCCUUUCCAGGUAACAGCAACGCUGACACUGUGGUCCAGUACAAACUGGAGCAGCCGGUGGUAGCUCGCUUCCUUCGCUUGAUCCCACUGGACUGGAACCCCACAGGGAGGAUUGGACUCAGACUGGAAAUAUAUGGCUGUCGAUACACCUCUGAUGUGGCCAACUUUGAUGGCAGAAGCAGCCUGGUCUACAGACUGAGUGUGAGGCCGAGCUGGACAGCGAAGGAGAGCAUUGCUCUGAAGUUUAAAACCCUGGAGAAUUCUGGGACGCUGCUCCAUGCAGAGGGACAAAGAGAUCACAGCCUCACUCUGGUGCUGGAUAAAGGAAGGCUGCUGCUCUACCAUCAACAAGGUGUGAGUUCACCGCAUGGUGGUCAGCUUCUCGUUUCCCUCGGUAGUCUGCUUGAUGACCAGCACUGGCACCAUGUAAAGCUGGAGCGGCUCAGCACUCACCUCAACCUCACCGUGGAUAAAAACACCCAGCAGGUCAGCGUACCAGCUGAGCUGAGCCGCUGGCACAUUCACACGCUGGGUGUGGCAGCUGUUCAGAGCCACGGACUGCAGAAACCCAUCCUGUCCAACAGGAACUUCCAUGGCUGCCUGGAAAACCUGCUGUACAGUGACCUCAACCUGAUAGGCCUGGCUAAACAGAGCAGCCCCCAGGUCACUGCAGUGGGCAAUGUGACCUUUUCCUGCGCCGAGCCAGUUUCAGUCGCUGUGACGUUCACCGAUUCCCACAGCUUCCUCCAGUUGCCUGGACUGACAUCGUGGUCAUCAGGGGUUGUGUCUGUGGCUCUGCAGUUCAGGACGUGGAACAAGGCGGGCUUGCUCUUGACCUUUACCCUCCCUCAGCAGGACGGCGCAGUCCACCUGUACCUGAAUGAAGCCAGGCUUCGUUUACAGAUCAGUAAAGCUGUCAGGGCUCCGCUGGAGCUCAGCACAGGCUCAGGUCUGAAUGACGGUCAGUGGCAUUCUGUGGAGCUGCACUUCAGACAAGACCGCCUGAGCGUCACGGUGGACAGAGACGAAGGAGCCACCGCUCAGACCAGCAUCCCGCUCCCUCUGACCUCGGACACUCAACUCUUUUUCGGCGGUUGCCCUCCUCAGAAGAACGCUGAGGAGUGCAGGAACCCAUUCGCGGUGUUCCAGGGAUGUAUGCGUCUCUUAACUCUGGAUGACCAACUCGUCGACCUGAUCAGAGUGCAGCAAAGGCAGCUGGGAAACUACAGCCACUUGCAGAUUGAUAUGUGUGGCAUCAUCGACAGGUGCUCCCCCAGUCACUGCGAGCACGGAGGCAGAUGUACUCAGACGUGGAGCGCCUUCCAUUGUAACUGCUCCGACAGCGGCUACAGAGGAGCCACCUGCCACAGCUCAAUUUAUGAACAGUCAUGUGAGGCAUACAAACACAAGGGCAACACGUCAGGACAUUAUUACGUAGAUGUGGACGGCAGCGGACCAAUCAAACCCCAGCUUAUUUACUGUAACAUGACAGAGGACAGGACGUGGAUGGUGAUCCAGCACAAUAACACUGAGCUGACCAGGAUUCAGUCCUCCCCCGAGAAAAACCAACACUUCGCCCACUUUGACUACUCCUCUGAGGAGGAGCAGCUUGCAGCCAUCAUCGGUCAAUCAGAGCACUGUGAGCAGCAGGUGUCCUACCACUGCAGGAGGUCCCGCCUCCUCAACACACAGGAGGGUGCUCCAUUCAGCUGGUGGGUGGGAGGUCCAGGUGCAGGUCAGGUCCAGACCUACUGGGGCGGAGCUCUGCCUGGCAGCCGGCAGUGCGCCUGCGGUCUGAAGGACGAGUGUCUGGAUUCAAGUCACUACUGCAACUGUGACGCAGACUACGACCAGUGGACUGAUGACUCGGGCCUGCUCAUCCACAAGGAGUCACUCCCAGUCAGGUCCCUGGUGCUGGGUGACCUCCAUCGGCCGGGGUCGGAGGCUGCUUACAGAGUGGGACCCCUCCGUUGUCAUGGAGACAAGAACUUUUGGAAUGCUGCGUUUUUUGACAAGGAGACGUCCUACCUUCACUUCCCCACUUUUCACGGAGAGCUGAACGCGGACAUCUCCUUCCUGUUCAAAACGACGUCGUCCUCCGGCGUCUUCCUGGAAAAUCUGGGCAUCAAGGACUUCAUUCGGAUUGAACUCAGCUCUUCCACGGAGGUCGUUUUCUCCUUCGACGUGGGGAACGGGCCGCUGGAGGUGCGCGUGGAGGCGAGCCUCCCGCUGGAUGACAACCGGUGGCACAGUGUGCGCGCCGAGCGGAACGUGAAGGAGGCGUUGCUGCGUGUGGACGAUUUCCCCGCCGCCACCCAGGAGGCCCCCGCAGACGGACUCAUUCAUCUGCAGCUCAACAGCCAGUUAUUCAUAGGAGGCACUGCAUCUAGACAGAAAGGCUUUCUGGGCUGCAUCCGCUCUCUGCAGCUGAACGGUGUGACUCUGGACUUGGAGGAGAGGGCGAAGAUUACCCCCGGGGUCCGACCUGGAUGCCCGGGCCACUGCAGCAGCUACGGUCUGCUUUGCCAGAACCAGGGUCGCUGUGUGGAAAAAGCCAGCGGUUUCUCCUGCGACUGCGGCCAAUCGGCUUACACCGGAGCCUUCUGUCAUAAAGAGUUUUCAGCCAGCUUCAAGUCGACAACGUCCGUCGCCUACAUCCUCAAAGAGCCCUUUGAAGUGAGCAGGAACAGCAGCGCCGUGCCCUCAUCCAUCUACUCGGACGUCACGCUGAGAGGUGAGAGCAUCUCCCUGAGCUUCAGGACCAGCCAGAGUCCCGCUCUGCUGCUCUACGUCAGCUCUUUCUACAGAGAGUACCUGAGCCUGCUCAUCAACAAACACGAUGAGCUGGAGCUGAGGUACAAGUUACACAGCAGCAGAGAUGCGGAGGUGUUGAGCAGCAGAGUCAUGAACCUGGCUGAUGGACGCCUGCACACGGUGACCGUCAAGCGUCUGGCAGACAGCGUCUCCAUGCAGAUUGACCAGAGUGCCAGAGAGGACUUCAACCUGACCUCUGAUGUGGAAUUCAACAGCAUCAAAUCAGUGAUUCUGGGCAGAGUGCAGGAGUCUGAUGGUCUGGAUGCAGAGCUAGCAGGCUUGGCCUCUCUUGGGUUCACUGGCUGCCUGUCAGGUGUUCGCUUUAACUCCAUCAGUCCUCUCAAAGCUGCUCUGCUGCAUCCUGACAGCCCCGUUAUUGUCACCGGCCCACUGGUACAGUCAAGCUGUGGUUCCUCCUCUGAAGCCGAUCCCUAUGCAGCAGAAACCACACACUCCUUAUCAGACCAACCGGAUUCAUUGGAUCCCGGUCAACCUUUAGUCAACGCCAUCAGGAGUGACUCGGCUCUGAUUGGAGGGGUGAUUGCCGUGGUGAUUUUUGUCACUUUGUGUGCGCUGGCGGUCAUGGCCAGAUUCAUCUGCACCAGGAAAGAGACGUACCGCAACCAGGAAAUGAAGGCGGCACAACCCGAAGACCACGAGUUUCCGUUUAGCAGCCAGGCGGACUCCCCGAGCGCUCCUAGUGAAAACCAGAAGGAGUAUUUCAUCUAGCAGGAGCCCCUGGCCUCACACUGACCUGACAGGACAGAGCGGGAUGGCUUAACCAGCACACGGUUCAUUGCAAGACAGCACAGAGCCCCUCUGCCUCACUGCUCCCAGUGGAUCAACAAGAUGUGAACAGAACAGUUUAUGAGUUUAUUUAUUCUGUUUUCUUUUGUGAAUAUUUGACACUUACUUGUUGGGCCUAAUCUCCCUGUAAAGGACGUUGCUGCUGGUGUCACUUUGAGGAUGUAAAUAUUUAAGAAUGUACAGUAAAUGGUGAUUUGUGUGCUUAUAGCUAAAUAUUUCUGCCAACAAGUAAUUUAUUUAAAAGGAAAAAAAAAUAGAGAAUCUAAAAUAAUGAUGAAAAAAAAAUUGUUCCUGUUAAGUAUUUUUGGCUUUAUUUGUAAGAAGCACUUUUCUACAAGGACAAUGAACUUUCUGUGAAAUUUGAGAUGUCAGAGCCAUACAGUAUGUUUCAAAACAAUAAAAACAUCGACACGGGCUUAUCCGACAGGAGGCUUGAUAUGCGUGGUUCACAUAUAAAAGCCCAGCCAAAGCACAGUCCCAGAAUCAGAGAAAACCCAUCUGUCACGACUGAACAUAAUGACAACACCUGCUGUAUAUAUGAAUACAAAACUGAAGUCAGUCUAAAACUUUACGUCCGCGCUGUCAUCGACUUAGUCAGACAGUUUUUAUUCUACUCACUGUGCUUUUCCUUUAUAUCAUGACCACAAUAAAAGCUUCACAAUGUGA